AUAUCAGGCAAUAAUGGAAUUCGUUAAUCUCAUUCUUCAACCUAUUGUUGAGUCUCUCACGGUUCACGUCAAAAAACACAUAGACUUCAUGACGUCCUGCAAAAAGUAUGUCAGGGAUAUGGGAAACAAUAUGAGGGAGUUGAAAGCUACAAGAGUCAAUGUCGAAAAACAAAUGGAAGACAACAAACGUAAUAGAAUUGAGAUUCCAGCUCAGGUCCCAGGUUGGUUGGAAGAAGUUGUGAAGGUUGAUGCAGAAGUGAAUCGCAUUUCUAAUAGUAAUGUUGGCGGUUGUUUCAGUUUCAAGACAAGGCAUGGUGUCGGGAAAAAAGCCUUUGAGUUGAUUCAAGUUAUUAAACGCCUAACUGAAGAACACUCUAGAAUCGUAUGGACCCAUCAGCAAAUUCCUCUUGGAGAAGUUGAUUCCAUGACGUCUGAACCACCAGUAAGUGAAUAUCACAAUGACUUUGGGUCCAGAGAGGAAACUUUCAUGAAAGCAUUGAAAGCCCUAGAACCAGACCACCAAUCACACAUGAUGGCUCUGUGUGGGAUGGGCGGGGUUGGGAAGACCACGAUGAUGGAAAAGCUGAAAACGGUUCUCACAGAAAAAAGAAUGUUUAGUCUUAUAGUUAAGGUGGUUAUAGGGGAAAAGCCAAACCUCUUCGAUAUUCAACGCGCUGUAGCUGAUUACCUCACUAUAGAUCUAAAAGAGAAAGAUAUAUCUGCAAGAGCUGAGAAGCUGCGUGCAUGGUUCAAGAGUUAUUCUACUGAAGAAGGUAAGAAGAAGAUCCUAGUGAUACUUGAUGACAUAUGGCAGUUGGUUGAUUUCAAGGAUAUUGGUUUAAGUCCUCUUCCAGAUCAGGGUGUCGACUUUAAAGUCUUGUUGACAUCACGGAAAAGAGAUGUUUGCACAAGGAUGGGUGUUAAAGCUAAUUCUAUUUUCGACGUGAAUGUCUUGGAAAAUGCAGAAGCACAAAGAUUCUUUUGGAAAUUUAUAAAAGAUUCAGAUGAAGCUGAAGCUGAUUUGGAUCCUGAUCUUCGUAACGUAGGAGAUGAUAUUGUAAAAAGAUGUCAGGGUUUGCCCAUUGCGAUUAAAACCAUCGCAAUUACUCUUAGAGGUAAAAGCAAGAGUAUCUGGGAAGAUACACUUACCAAGUUACAGCACCAUGACAUAAACGAAAUCGUGAAUGAAGUUUUUGAAUUAAGCUACAAGAAUCUAGAAGACGAGGAGACUAAAUCAGUUUUUUUGCUUUGUGGUUUAUAUCCCGAAGACUUUGAUAUUCCUACAGAGGAGUUGGUGAGGUACGGAUGGGGUUUGAAACUGUUUAAAAAAGUGUAUACUGUUAGACAGGCAAGAAACAGGUUGAACGCUUGCAUUGAGCAACUCGUUAAUGCAAAUCUAUUGAUUGAAAGUAAUCAUGCCGGGAGCAUCAAGAUGCAUGAUCUCACGCGUGCUUUUGUUUUGAUAAUGUAUUCUAAAUCUGAGCAUGCUUCAAUAGUUAAUUUUGGUAACAUGUCAGAGUGGCCUGCAAAUGAUACACCUGACUCUUGCAAAAGAAUUUCAUUAGCAUUUAACGGCAUGAAAGAGUUUCCAACAAGCUUUGAAUAUCCAAACCUGUCAUUUUUGAAGCUAACACAUGGAGAUAAGUCACUAAGGUUUCCCAAAAACUUUUAUGGGUUAAUGGAGAAGCUUCAGGUUAUAGUGUAUGAAGACAUGCAGUACCCGUUGCUUCCCGGAUCUUUUGAAUACUCCAGCAACCUUCGAACACUUUGUCUGCAUGAGUGUUCAUUGAUGUUUGAUUGUCGUUCUAUUGGAAGUCUUUUGAAUCUAGAAGUGCUUAGCUUUGCUCACUGUAGAAUGCGAAAAUUGCCAUUCACAAUCGGAAAUUUGAAGAAGCUCAAACUACUAGAUAUGACAGGUUGUGUUAAUCUUCAUAUUGACGACGGCGUCUUAAAAGAAUUGGUCAACCUUGAAGAGCUCUAUAUGAGGGUUGCUGGUAGAAAGGUCAUUAGCUUCACAGAUGGAAAUUUCAAUGAAUUAGCUGACCGUUCAAGAAACCUUUUCGCAAUAGAAAUCGAGCUCUUUGGAAACAAUACUCAUCCCAAGAGAAUGUCGUUUAACAAACUUGAUAGAUUCAAGAUUUCCAUAGGACGUUUUUUAGAAGAGAAAGAUGAAAAGACAAAAUCAUUCGAAAACACAUUGAUGCUGGUCUCCAAUAAGGGUGAACUUUUGGAAUCUAGAAUCAAUGUGUUGUUUGAGAAAACAGUUGUGCUUCAUUUAGAAGUGGACGAUAUGAAUGAUCUAGAAGAUUUUAAAGUAAAGCCUCUACAUUCUAUAGAAUACUCUUCGUUCUACAAGUUAAGAGUCCUAAACAUUUCAAAGUGUCCACAGUUGAGGUACCUUUUCACACGUCAUGUUGCAGCAACAUUGUUAAAGCUUGAACAUCUUGAAGUCUUGUCAUGUAAUAUAAUGAAAACACUCAUACAUGAUGAGGAUAGUGGAUCAGAACCAAUCAAAUUUCCGAGUUUAAAGUUUUUAGCUUUGGGUGGCUUACCAAAGCUAGUAGGUUUGUGUGAAACUGGUAGUGUAAUUGAGUUACCUCAGCUCAUGGAGUUGCGAGUUGAUGGCCCUUCGGAUAUCACAACCAUUUUCCCCGAUAAUAUAUUGGGAUCGUCAUCUAUAUCAAGUUACACUUCCACAAUGCAGCCUUUCUUGAAUGAAGAAGUUCCUUUUCGUAAGUCGGUACAUUCUAAUGAGUACUCUACGUGUUACACGCUAAGACUAAAGGUCCUUAAAAUUUCAGAGGGUGGACAUUUGAGGUACCUAUUCACACAUCGUGUUGCAACAACUUUGUCAAGGCUGGAACAUCUUACAGUCCGGUCAUGCGAUAUAAUGCAAACACUCAUACAUGAUGAGCAUAAUGGAUCAGAGACAAUAAGAUUUCCGAGUUUAAAGUUUCUAAAAUUGGAUCGCUUACCAAAGCUAGCAGGUUUGUGCAAUAGUGUCAAUAUAAUUGAGUUACCUCAGCUCAUGGAGGUGGAGCUUGAUGGCCUUCCAAAUUUCACCUGCAUUUUUCCUGAUGAAAACUUGGCAUCAACUUCUAUGUCGAGUGAUACUUUUACUGCACAACCUUUCUUUUAUAAAGAAGUUGCGAUUCCGAAGUUGGAGACAUUGCAGAUUAGUAGGAUGAAUAAGUUGACCAAUAUAUGGUCAAUUGAAGUUACUUGCAGUAACAAUGUUAGCUUUCCCAUGUUGAAAAAGAUUGCGAUUGUCGAGUGUGAUAGGCUCGUGAAUGUGUGGAGUCUAAACAAUGUAGAUAGCUCUAAUGAUUGCAUCAUCCAUGGAUUUGAAGCAGUUGAAAGUAUAGAGAUAUCUGAAUGUGCCAAUUUUGAAAAUUUAUUCACGCCUAUCACCGCCAACUUUAACUUAGAAGCACUUCAAGAAAUUGACAUCAGCCCAGUGCAACAGAAUAACGCUAUAACCAGGGAUAUUGUAUUCUCAACUCAUCUCAUACAUACGUUCCAUCAACUUCGAACACUUACUUUGAAACACGAUAGAGAAUCACAAGUUGUGUUUGACAUACAGAGUGCCACUAGUACUGGAGAAUUAAUGUCAACUUCUCAAUAUAAUCAUCAACAUCAACUACUUCCCUCCCUUGAGAAUUUAUAUUUGAGUGAUAUGGACAACAUGAGUCAUGUGUGGAAGUGCAAUUGGAAUCAAUUCUUCAUUCUUCAUCCACCAAAAUCCUUAUGCCACAACCUCACAAACAUAAGCUUAAGUGAUUGCAGGAGCAUCAAGUAUUUGUUUUCACCCCUCAUGUUCAAAUUUCUCUCCAACUUAAAGUAUGUCCAUAUAGAAUAUUGUGAAGUUAUGGAAGAAAUUGUUUCAAAUAGAGAUGACAAAGAUGAACAAAUGACAUUUUUUCCAUCUAUAAUACUUGACACGCUCCAUAUCGAUUCCCUAAAGAGUCUACAACAUAUUGGUGGCAAUGGCGAUAGGUGCAGUUCCAUCUAUCAUGAAUUACAGCCUGGAGGAGAAGAAGCUGUUGCUCUUCGGUGGUCUUUGUGCCAAUACUCCAGAGUUAUAGAGAUAGAAGACUGCAGUGCGCUCUCUAGUGCGAUUCCAUCCUAUGCAUUAGCCCAUAUGCAACAUCUCCAAGAAUUGGAAAUAUGUAUUAGGCUUCUUCCUGAUUUGCGUAAUCUAAGGAUAUUGUUUAUCUCUAGUUGUCACCUUUUGAGAGAUGUAUUCCCUUUUUCCACUCUUCAAAGCCUCACCAAACUCCAACAUUUAGAAAUAAGAUCGUGUCCUGGUAUCCGAGUGAUUGUCAAGGAGAAGGAAGAAGAGGAUGGAAACCACACCACAUCCUCAUCAUCAUCAUCUUCUGAUCAUCAUCAAGUACCUGUGGUCUUCGCGUCCCUCAAGUUUGUGAAAUUAUCAAAUCUACGCAAUCUUGAAGGGUUUUUCUUGGGUACGAAUAACUUUCGAUGGCCUGUAUUGGAUAGUGUUGAGAUAAAGGAAUGCCCAAAAAUGAGAAUGUUUACAAAAGGUGACUCAGAAACUCCAAUGCUGAAAUACGUGGUUUCAGACAUGGGAGAACAUAGUGUGGAAUGUGGCAAAAUCAACAACUUGUUCCAUCAUCCUCCUCCUCCUACAACUACUGCUGCCUUCUUGCAACAACAACAAGAAGAAGUAGAGCAGAAGGUUCCAUAUGAUCCAAGUUUGGAUGGUUCAACCACCUCACUCCCCCCUAUUUCACCAAGAACGAGGAUGCCCUGGUUCUACAAUCACUUGAUCACAGUUCAUGUGCGAGACAGGUGGGUGGGUAAUCCGAGAUUUAUAAUUCGACACAAUGAGUUGCAGCAUCUUCAGAAGAUUGAAAAUAUCAAUAUAUCAUGGUGUUCCGCGGUAAAGGGGAUAUUCGAAACAUUCGAAAUGAGCAGUGGUUUGAACCAGCAAACACAUUCUGUUCUGGAAUUUAUUGCAACUCCAAGAGCUACAUAUAAGCGGGUGCCGAAGAAUGGAAACGAAGAUGAUGAAGAAGAAGACGAACAAAACAACGAUAGAAAAGAAGAUGAAGAUGAUGAUGGAAGAAGACUCAACGGGGACCACAAAAAAGAUGAAAGGGAACAUGAUGAUGACAGAAGAGAGAACGAGGUGGAGUUUCCUUGUCUAAGAACGCUAACCCUUCGUAACCUUAGGAGUCUCAAGGGCUUUUGCUUAGGGAUGGAGACUAUUCAUUGGCCAUCAUUAGAUACCCUCCAAAUAAAAAGUUGUCCAAAAAUAACAACUUUUACCAUUGGACAAUCUACUACUCCAAAGCUUCGGUUGAUAGAUACAAGUUUUGGGUUGUGUGAUGCAACGGAAGGGGUCAACUCCUUUAUACGGACAAAAAUUGAAGAGGGAUACGAAUUUGAGUGAGUGUAAGAAGCUGAAACAAGA